AUUGAGAACGCAUGUACUAAGACUAAACCAGAGUGUAUCGUAGUAUAUUUGAUGGACCGACCACAAAUAAGAGUUGAACGAGACGUGUGGGAGAAUUCUUUCGUAGAACAGUAUUACAAUCGAAACCAUGGUAUAGUUCCACAUGAAAAUCAAAAAGACGACCCUAAAUAUAACGAAAAGAAAAAACUGAUUAGAAAAUGCCAGGAAAUUGUCGGAACAAAUGUUUCAGGAAAACCACCAUUGAAUAUUGCUAUCGUUGGCCCACCCGGCGGAGGUAAAUCGUCACUUUUAAACACCAUAUUUGCUAGUUUUAGUACAGAACAAUGGAAAGAAAUAGCCUCGUUUGGACGUUUUGGCAGUGCACCGAUACAGUUUACAAGAAAAAACUUAAGCUACGCCAAAGAUCAUUACUACACACGAAGAGUACCAGACGCUUAUCUAAUGCCGACCUUUUUCGACAUGACUGGAUUUGAAGACGAUGAUUCCGAUUCAAGCUUGGCACUUCUCGAGCUGGUUUUAACUGGUAGAAUGAAGGAAUUUGAAGUAUUAACAAAAGCACAGGACUACGCAUUUAGAUAUGGUGCGGAGGCAUUAUUGAAAAGGUACAAUCGAGGAGUAUGUAAUCAUCCGAUUGAUCGGAUAAUUGUUGUCUGUACGUCAAAUCCUGAUGCUCCUUUACCAACGAGCCUUUUAAAUGCUGUGAGGAGAGCUUCAACAAGACAUAGAGAAAUACCGGUUUAUGGAGUAAUGACAUGCAGGGACAUAUACCCACCAAACGUCGUUGAGGACAAGAUUAAAUCAUUUCGCCAUCACCUGGCGUUACCACAAUGUCGGUUUGCUCAUAUCAUAAACUACUGUGAUGCCAUCGAUAGUGAAGGGCUACAUUACAAAAAAACGACUAUCCCAUCGCUUGAUGUACCAGUAUUACAGUUCAUGCAACAGGUUUUGCACCCACGUCCAGGUGACCCAACAGAGAAACGAGUCAGUAAAAUGGACAUAUUGUCAAUUUUCGCAUUCAUAUUUGCUGUAGUGGCAUAUAUAUAUGCACUUUUAAUUUCGAAUCGCAAAACAUGAUUGUGUAUACUGCUGAUUGUGUGAUUACAUUUCAUAACCAUGAUACCAAAGGUAACCUUUUAGCUCUGAGUCAUCUAAAUGGACAUUUUGUUAUAUAUAUGUGUGUGUUUACAUUCAGUUGUAGUUGAUAAAUAAUUAAAAUUAUUAACAGUAAAACAAGCAAGUUUAUACAUCGAUGUCCAUGUGUGCAUUUGCGUCAAUUUAGAGAAAAAUAAGUUUGCGCUGAAACGAAAAAUUAUGAAUUGGUGAAACAGACUCUGCCUUCCCAGCCGAAGGUCUCCAUGGUUCAGCCAAGGUCAUUAAAAGUGAUUUUAAAAGAAUCAAACAAAUAAACAAACCUCAAAAGUGGACAUUUCAUUUGUUUAUAUUUGAUACUCUCAAAUCUUAUAUUCUUGUUAAUUUCAACAAUUUGUAAUGUUUUUUGUUAUUUAAUGUUCACUUAUAUAGGGUUAUAUCUCAUUUCACUUUUUUAUAUAUAUAAACUAGCUGUGACUAGUGUUUCGUAUGACUACUAAUUUUCACUUUUGUUUUCGAACUAUUAACAAAUUAACAUUUAUUAUACUGUAUACCUUACAUCAAUAUUAUUUUCAUUUAGCUGAGUACAUUAUUCUAUUUGGCGGCAUUUUGAUCAAGGUUAUUGUUGUGUUCACUGAAAUUCUUUAGCAUUUA